AUGAAAGCCGACACAAACGAAAAGAGCACCGACCAAGAGCUCGCUCAAGCCUCAUCCAUCAACAUCCGCCACCAGACGGAUGACAAGCCCUUCACCGUGUGGACGGCCAUGGGCAUCGGCCACUCUAUCACCAACACGGCCGUCGGCAUCAUCGUCGGCCUCUCGGGCGGCCUUGCCUUUGGCGGCCCGCCCGUCUUCUUUUACGGCUUCCUGCUCAUGGCCGUCAUCGGCUUCUUCGUUGCUAUCAGCCUCGGCGAGUUGGCUUCUGCAUUCCCGCAUUCCGGGGGCCAGUAUUUCUGGGUUGCUACGCUUGCGCCGCCGUCGUGCCGGCGCUUUUUGUCGUAUAUUGUUGGCAUCGUCGGCUGGGCGAGCGCGCUAUGCGUCACUGCAUCCGUGUGUCUCGUCGUCACCGUCGGUAUCUUCAGUAUGGUCACCCUCGCGAACCCGAGCUUCGAGUAUAAACCUUGGAUGGGCUUCGUUGGCUAUCAGGUCGUCAACCUGCUUGCCUUUGGCUUCAAUGUCUUCGAGCGAGUCUUGCCGUGGGUCAGCAAAACGUUGCUUUUCUAUACGUGCACGUUAAUCUUGGCUGUCAUCAUUGCUCUACUCGCGGGCCGGUCCGAGAAACAGACAGCACAGAGCUUCUUUGUCGAUAUAUACAAUAUCUCUGGGUGGCCGAAUGGAGUUGCCUUUUUCAUUGGGCUGAAUCCGUUGAACUGGUCGUUCUCAUGCCUCGACGCUGUCGUCCAUCUCGCUGAUGAAAUACCCCAGCCUCGCAAGAAUAUCCCCAUGGCCCUUCUCUGCACCGUCGCAUUGGGAACUUUCACAGGGCUACCCACCGUCUUUGCGCUUCUCUUUGCAGCCACCAACUUGGAUGCCGUCGUUGCGUCGGGAACGCCCUCCCUCGAGAUCUUCUACCAGGUGUACAACAGCAACGCCGCCGCGAUUGCCCUGCAGAGUGUCGUGACCGUCUCAGCAGCCGGUGCUAUCAUUGGUUGCCAUACUUGGCAGUCUCGGAUCGCGUGGGCCUUUAGUCGAGAUAAGGGGUUUCCGUUCCACAGUCAUCUUAGCCAGAUAGCUCCGGCUCCCUUCCAUGUGCCCUUUUGGGCGCAUGUUUGGUCGUCUGUGUGGAUUGCCAUCCUUGGCUGUCUGUACCUCGCAUCUACUCUGGCAUUUAACUCGUUGGUUGCAGCAGGUAUUUUGCUGCAGUACCUUACCUACUCUGCGAGCAUCGCAUGUUUACUGUGGACCGGCCGCUCUAACAUUUCCCCUGGGCCGUUCUGGUAUCCCAAGUUGGGCUACGUCGCCAACUUUGUUGUCAUCGCUUGGACUCUGAUUGCUCUUUGUUUCUACUCGUUUCCUUACUAUCUCCCGGUAGCAGCUGACCAGAUGAACUACGUGUCGUGCGUGCUGCUCGGGGUGGUUCUGUAUGCUCUCGCGUAUUGGGUUUUGUUCGGGAGGAAGCAGUAUACCAUGCCCGAGCCCCAACAAUACGAUUAA